GCGAUAAAGUAUGCGCUGUUGCUGCGGCGCUUUCAAACAAACAUGGAGGAGAAAGAAAGGCAGAAGAGAACAGAAAAGCCAGAUAAUGAAGAAACAGCAUCAACGUCCCGCCUAAAUGCCUCGCCGGUGUCACUGGACGACGACACUUCUAAAACAGACGUCUGCUCUGAAAACUUCGACCCACUUUUGGCCUUGUACUCACCCGCGGUGUCGCUGCCUUUUCCAAACAUUAAAUGUUUCGACAAUGUCGCCCAGUACGAGAGCUUCCUGAAGGGCGGCCGGGGCAGAGCAAAGCCGGAAAAUGUGGAGAAAAAGCGGCAGAAGGCAAUGAAGGGGGUGGCCGACCCGGAGCGUAUCGAGCGGCUGAAGCAGCUCAUGGUGAAGAAGCCUGAAGAUGAGGAGGCAGAGGGCAGCAACAAACCACCGCGGUCACGACGACAAAAGCCUCAGAAAAAUGUCCUAACUAGGAUGACCCUAUGCAAAGGCAGUCCUUUGGGGGAGCUGUACCGAUGUGUGGAAGAGAGGAUAAGGGUUAAAGUGCACAUCAGGACCUUCAAAGGAUUGAGGGGUGUGUGCUCUGGCUUCAUUGUGGCCUUCGACAAGUUCUGGAACAUGGCGAUGGUGGAUGUUGAUGAGACAUACAGAGAGCCUCUUCUUGGGGAGGCCUUGUACCAUGAGAAAGCCCUCACCAUCACACGGCUCUUUGAGAAGUUGAAACUCCAGGAGAGCUCAGGACGUGAGGAUACGACAACACAGCACAGCGGCCAAGGAGAAACCAGCAAGAGUCCACCUUCAACUCUAAAAGCGACUUCAAAACAUUCGACUGCUCGCCCUGCCAGAGGAGACUGCAAGACUUAUGGCAAGGUCCAAACUCGCCAUGUCAACCAGCUUUUCAUCCGGGGUGAGAGCAUUCUCCUGGUCAAUCCCCAACCACUCUGACACCACCUGAACUGUGCAUGAACUGAUAGUGAUCUGUGGUUCUUCUAUUUGUAAGAAUCCACUGAGAAUCAAUCAUAUAUCAUAUUGAUAUGGAGUUUAUUUCUUGUAGUUUUGGGUCUUUUUUGACAUGCCUCCAACUGAAGUCACUCAGAAAUGCACAGAACUCUUAUCAGCAUCAAAUUGUACAAUUGUAAUAAUAAAGCCGAUUCUGAAUGAGACGGAACAAGAUACUCGAGGGUGCAUCUCAGUGCUCAUCCAGCAGGUGGCAGCAAAGACACAGUAAAGCUUUGGUCGCCAUUGUCUCCAGAUUGUCUCUUGAUGUUGCUUUUCCACUUAGUUUGAACAGGAAUGACAGCACAGUCUCAGCGGACUUCAUAAAUGCAUUAUGAAUAAUUGAGUUUGUGAAGCUCGGGAUUGCAGAUGGCACUCAAAAGCUGUCAUUUGUCUUGACGUCUCGGAUUGCCUUUACUCUUUAAUGGGCACAUUACCCAUAAAAGCACAAUUUACUGCAUCUCGUCGAAGUUAGAAAAUGCUUUCGCGUUUCAAUGGUGGAGGUUACUUUUGGUUUAUCGGCGUCCCCAACACUUUUCUGGAUUUUUCCUCGUUUAUUUUGGUCAAUUAGAAAUGAUACGAUAUUUAUACAUAUGAAAGUUAACGACAGAAUGAGCCAGGAGUCAUACUCACUGAUUACGUUCAACUUUUUUUCGUUAGUUAUCUUAACGUAUAUAACAUACAGUAUAUUGCAUUUUCACAUCAUCCUAUGAGUUUAGUUAUGUUUUAAUCAUUGUGCCGCACACCAAUGCAUUAAACACCGACAACCGAGACGGACAGAUGCCGUCAAAGGACAGCCGUACAAGGUGUCGUGCUGUCGCAAAGACGUCAUGGCUUACAAGUAUUCCAGCAUUGGGUUUGUGUGGACAUUACUGUUAUAAUUGAAGGUAGACUUAAAAAAUAAUAUGUUAGUCCCAAUUAAAUUAAUAUUUACCAAUUUCAAAACUCAACUACUUAAUAUGCAAGGUUUGUGACACUGAACAUGCUUACAUCGACUAAAAGUACAGUUCCGAGCUUGUGCCGCUUGAAGCUCAUUUGAAUGACGCUAAUGAAACAACACAGGCCAUUAAGUCAUUUCAAUCAACUGUUUAAUGUUGUAAAUAAGCCAUCUUGCUGUGUAACUCAAAAUGGGAAUAAUGCAAAACAUAUUGAUAGUUGCAGAUAGUGUUUAAGUAACAAUCCCAUUUUUUAUAGAUCAAAAGUAGAAAAAUAACCCCUGCAUAAGACAAACACUACUGAAUUUUUUUUUGGUCAUUUUAAUGUUCCAGACUUCAAUAAAAGGCUACAAUAGUAUCGGUGUGCAAGGGCUCGAGUCCCCCAGAGGCUGCAGAAUCCACUUCCUUGUACUCUGGCCAGUGAAUAAUUUAUAUCAUUGGCAAACCAAAAAUGUCAGGCACCCAAGAUUUAUAUGAUAUUACAGUUACAAGGGUCAGGAGGCACUUGGUCCAGUUAAGGAGCAGUGCUUUGUAUGUUCUAACAGAUCAGCACCAGUUCUAAGUGAACAGGAUUGUUCUACUCAUCAUUCUCUACCUGCUAAGCUGUGAGGGACACUCACACACAGUCACACACAGGAAGUGUCAACUAAACAUGAGCGGCUGUUAAUGUAUAUAAAAAAAAGGGCGGAGACAUCGAACAAGAACUCAAGCUCACAUUUGAUGUAAUCAGAAAACAGUCUGCGCUAGUGGAAGUACAAUAACUCAAAAAGGCGGAAUAUGUCCAAAAGGACAAUCAAACAGCAAUCGUGAAGUAAUUAAGACAACUGUUAUCUGUACAGUUUGCUUGGCUUGAGGCACGAGUACAAAUUAUUUGUACAUGGUGUGGUUGCUACUGUCAACACUGCAUGGUCACAUUGUCUCCCUUGAGGAAGUUAACCAAGAGAAAAAGGUCUUCCAGGCACUCUGGGUUGUAAUUGGAAGAAAAAAAUCCAACUACUGAUUAUCUCGUUUAAAUGCAAAGUGAUCAUACUUUUCUUUUGAAGCAAUUUAUAUAUAUAUAUAUUUAUAUAUACUGUAUAUAUGUACACCAUCACAAAAGCCAUAUAUGUAGUACCAAAGAUAAUUGAUGAUGUCUGUGAUUGGAAAUCUCCAGACAUGAAUGAGUCAAAGCUUUAGUUUCACACAGUCAAUGAUUGCCAGUAGGACACAAGGCUCCAUAAUGAGUGGAUGUGUCCCAACAUGGAAGGGAAGGUCACAAUGAUCUCCAUCAAAAAUCUAAAUUUAGAUCCUUUUCUGGAUGAUGUAACUCUUCACAUUGUUAUUUCCCCCAAUAAGCUUCUUCAUAAAGUGAGCGAUUUGUAUUUACGGGCUAAAUAAAGGAAGACAAGGACAAAUAAGAGGUAACUUGAUAUAUUAGAAGUUAAAAUGGCUGAUUAUGUUAUCCUGACUUACUAUUCAAUAAAGUUAGAGAAGAGGCAUCUCAAAAACCGAUGCAUAUACAUUUUUGCUAUUCUGGUGAUUUCAUUUGAUUGAGGUUGUAAAAGCGAAACCCCUGACAUUCACUGGGUAUAACACACCUCGCAUUCAUAAACAGCAAGGCACACGAUUUACAAUAGCUGUCUGAUGACCACCCCCAGACCGCACCCAAUAUUGGUUCAAACUCCAUACAUGCAUACACUUAGCUCCAUUUCACUGUACAGCAUUGUUUAAAAUAAGGACAUCGCAGAGUUUGUAUUUUGAGAGUUGACAUGAUUCAAGUACUCUUUGUUUGAAGCUCAUAAUCCUUCACUAACAAGCCCUCAGAUAUCAUCUCUGCUUUCCAGCGUAAUCACUUCCCAAAGUUACCAAAGUCGGCAAAUGCGUCAUGUUUGGACUGUUGGACCAUUCCUGGAUUCAUCCCCAUGGCACCAGGAAUUACCAUUGGCAUACCUCCCUGUGGCAUCCCCAUGUUCAUGCCCAUCCCCAUCAUCCCUUGGUUGGGAGCCAUCGCCAUCCCCAUCAUUCCGUGGUUGGACGCCAUUCCCAUUCCCAUCAUACUUGGGUUGGAGGCCAUGCUCAUGCCCAUGCCAGCACCGGGGUGCAUCAUAGGAUUCGCAUGCGGUCUGACUGCAGAGGGUCCAAGGCUCAUUGUGGAAAAUCCUUGGGAGAGCAUAUUAGCGCUUGCCUGGUUGCCUGGAAUAAAUGGAUUGAACAUGUUAAGAGUUUAUCAACAAAAGAGCGCUUUCAAAGUGCACAUUUAUUGUUACCAACAUAUGUUAUGUUAUGUGAGAGAAUGGAAAAUAGUCUGUAAAAUGUGUCGUCAAUUGACGGCAGCUUGUCAGCUUGUCUAAAGCCUAUUGGUGCCAGCGUGUGUGAAGUUCCACUUGAAGUUCGACUAUUCUACCAUCUUUGUUUACACAUUUUGCCUGGCUACACAGACUCUCGGGUUAUAGUUAUCCACCUAGUCUCUGGUUCACAGACUCCAAAUGCGACCCCCUUUCCUCUAACCUUGUUGGAGUGUAUUGAGGGUGGGUUGACUUGGCUUGGGCGCCUGCAUGCCCGGACCCAGGAAGUCAAGGCUGAUGUUCACAGAAUGGUCUGACCAAGUGGAGGGGAGGGAAGCUUUGGCUGCAGCACCCUGAGAAAUGACUCCCUGCUGAGUAGUCUGCGGUUGUAGAGGCGCCCCGAUGUUCUGGAUUGGCUGGAAUAGACAUUAAAAAAGGAACCAAAUAAAUAAAACAUUCUAAGAGAUCUUACUUUUAAGACUACAAUAUUACUCAACUAUAUAAUGAUAUAAGUUAUUAGCAAUUCUCCAUGGUAGAGAAAGUAAUAUACAGUUUCAGUGAAGAAAUCCACACUAUGCUGCAAUAAAAGUAAUAUAGUAUAGUGUGAAAAGAUAGAUUCACUCUCUGAAACCAACCCUGAAAGAGAUAAUGAAGAGUUACAGUUCCAGGUUCUGAUCUUAAUUGAUUAAACCAUAUUCUUGAACACAACAGACUAAAGGCAGUGGUGGGUGUCUACCUUAAGUGGGUCAAGAACCUUUUUAAAGAAAGGGAAUACAGUCGACAUGCACCGGCUUUUGUUGGGUUUUUAAUGUUGGUUUACAUGUCUCAAACCUGAUGUUCUUAUUCUUGAUGUCAGCCGUACGUAGAGUGGGUGGUUAGGCAGGGAUCUCAAGGGGCGAACUCGAGCAUCUGUUAACACUCUACCGUCAGGUUUAUCGUCUAUUUCAAUCACAAGAGAAGUGUCUUUAUCACACGGCACACUGACUGAAGUGGUCACAAAGCAGUGCAAACGAUGAAUAAAUGCAUACAAAGGGACGGUUGUAUGUUCGAACACUUAUCUAUAAGGGCCAAGGAUUAAAAAAACUAUCCCAACACACAAGUAUGCUCUCUGGUAUUAAUACUGUAUUAUUGGUAUAUUGAAGUUGUGGGUGUAAUAUAAUUAUAUAUUUGUAUCUAAAAAUGUUUUUGCCUAUAUUUAUUGUUUUUCAUACCUUUACUUUGGACUAGACACAUUCUUUGAUCACGUGAGUGUGUUGAAGAAAUUGCUUUUAUGUCUUUUUUCACUUUUGUUUCUUCACUGUCAUGUUCUCUUGAUAUUGCUCUUUUGUCUUUGCAGUUGAAAAAAAGCCCAACUUGGCAAAAUGAUUGGUCUCCAGAGGCAACAUUGUUUUAUCAAUUCCUGAUGAUGCUUGUUACACGAUAACAGCAGUCGUCACACAAGGUCAUGUGACAGACAUCUCCUUUGGUCUCUCCUGUUCAAGUACAGAAUGCAGAAUAGCAAUUUAGCAUUCAUUAGGUUUAGCAAUGACUAAUUGAAAUCUACAGCAUCAAACUGAAGGGAAAGCAACAGUUUCCUGCUUCAGAUUUUUAGCUGCGUCUCCAAAGUAAAUGUGCUACCUGCUCUAAAAAAAAACCGCAAACAAACCACUAAGCAAUAUUUCGUUUGUGCCUGGGAAGCUGUGUACUCUCUCUAGCCUAUUAUAAUUGUAUACAUCAGUCAAGUAACAUUAACUGAUAAUAUCAGCAUUCCAAACCUGUCAAGGAUUAUUCUCCCCAAAAUGUCAGCAUGAAACUGAUGUCAUGUAAUGCU